CCCGCCCCGGGCUCCCGCCCCGACCGUCGGGCUCGGGGGCGCCUCGGCGCGGGCAGGGCGCGGGCAGGACGCGGGCAGGGCGCGGGCAGGACGCAGCCCAACUUAAAUCUCUCCAAUGGCUAACGAGGCUUAUCCCUGUCCGUGUGACAUUGGCCACAAGCUAGAGUAUGGAGGGAUGGGGCGUGAAGUUCAAGUGGAGCACAUCAAGGCUUAUGUCACCAAACCCCCCUUUGACACGGGCAAGGCUGUGAUUGUCAUCCAGGAUAUCUUUGGCUGGCAGUUGCCCAAUACCCGAUACAUGGCUGACAUGAUCGCAGGAAAUGGAUACACGGCCAUCGUUCCAGACUUCUUUGUAGGGCAAGAACCCUGGCAUCCUUCUGGGGACUGGUCCACCUUCCCAGAGUGGUUGAAAACAAGAGAUGCCAGAAAAAUUGAUAAAGAGGUUGAUGCCGUCUUGAAGUAUCUGAAACAACAGUGUCAUGCCCAGAAAAUUGGCAUUGUGGGAUUCUGCUGGGGUGGCGUGGCUGUCCAUCACGUGAUGAUGAAGUACCCAGAAUUCAGGGCAGGGGUGUCCGUCUACGGCAUCAUCAAGGAUUCUGAAGACGUGCACAGUUUAAAGAACCCCACAUUGUUCAUUUUUGCUGAAAAUGAUGCUGUGAUUCCUCUUGAGCAAGUCUCUUUGUUGACUCAGAAGUUAAAAAAACACUGCAAAGUGGAAUAUCAAAUUAAAACAUUUUCUGGGCAAACCCAUGGCUUCGUGCAUCGGAAGAGAGAAGAUUGUUCAGCAGAAGACAAGCCCUAUAUAGAUGAAGCAAGAAGGAAUUUGAUUGAGUGGUUGCACAAGUACGUUUAGCCGCGGCCAAGUAUAAACUUCCUCAAAGUAGUUUGCAUCCAGAAAUUUGCUUUGGGAUACUGGGGUCAUUUGAUUUAAUUUUCACUUUAUAUAAAAUACAUCAAGGAAUCCUGAAACUCAUUAUUCCAUCUGAAACAUACAUUCAGUAGAAAAUGGCAAUGCAUGGUAUAAUUUAACUUUUAAUGCAUUAAAAAACCCCCAAACCAGGUCAGUACCUGAAGAAUUUGGAUGAUAGAGUAAUAUCCUAACUAUUAGUAAAAACCUAGGGCUGUUUAUGGACCAGCUGACAGCUCCGGUGUGGACUUCAUGAUUUUUAAUUAAGUACAUCCUUUAAAAUGAUUAACGUGCCAAAGCCAUGAAGAACAUGAAGUAUUAACUCAGAUUCAAAGCCCAGCUUAAUUGGGCAUUUAUCUGUCUCAAUGCAGAUGAGUCUGUGGUGUUCAUAAUUUCGUUAUGAGAGAUCCUGAGGUUAAAAUAGGGUUUCAUUGACCUAUCAAGCCCAUAAGCUUACUUUUUGAAUGUGUGGCUUUUUCUAAAAGCUAAUAAAGAACCAUGGGUUACACUGAC